AUGACGAAUGAGAACCAAAACCUCGAGCCUCAUGACCCCAUUGACUAUGUAGACAUUGUAAAGCCCAGCACAGAAUGGACAAAUAUGCGGGAUGCUUUGGCUCUUUUAAUGUUUAAUGAAUGGGAUGUGAUGGAAUCCACCGCUAGUGGGGGACGCAAUUCACAGGCCAACGGACAACGUCGAGUUUGGACGAGGGACGAGGAAAGUGCAUUAAUUCAAGCCCAACCACACAUAUCAUCAAAGAUUACGGUUUGGAAAAAGAAUUAUGGCUUAAUAUUGGGAAUGCUUGGAACUUCGGGGUUCGAAUGGUGUGAAAUGGAAAACAUGAUUGUUGUGAAGGAGGAUGUCGUUUGGCAAUCCAACAUCAAGGCUAAUCCAAGGGUGAAGGGAAUGCAUUAUAAAUCUUGGCCCUUUUAUGGUGAUUGGGUGAAAAUAUUUGGCAAGGACCGGGCUACGGGCGAGGGAGCUCAAGGUUUUACGGACGUGGUUAAUGGAGUGUUACAUGAAACAAACGUCCAUGCACCUAGCCCUAUCCCAACUCAAGACUCGUUUCCGGAACAUUGUGAUGACCUUGAAAACAACAUGGACUCUUUUUCGGCCCAAGCGGGUGAGAGUAGUGCGUCCGGUAAGUCUAAGCGUGACGGGAAAAGAAAGCGUAAUGUUGAGGUGAAGGAUAAAAUAAUCGGGCUAAUUUCAUCCGUUUGCGAGGAGACGAACAAGCAUCUUACUGAAUUGUCGGGACACGUUUUACAAACCAAGCUGAUGCAAAAAAGCAACGAAUUGUCGUUUAUGAGGCACUUAAAAAAAUUCCAAACAGAACAACAGAUGAAAGGGUAG